AUGCCUCUUACGGGGGGGCGCUCUACGUCUGCAGGCUCAUCUGUGCAGCUCCUUCACACGAGCUGAUUAAGCGCUUUCGGUUAAUGUGUGGAGAUCAUGUUAAUAUCAGGAGUAAGUUCUCUUGCCCUAUGGCUAGCCAUGGUAUCGAUCAACUGUCUCUCCUCGAGCCAGGGCUCAAUCGGAGUUUCAUGCAAAAGAAUUUGCAGUGACCAGGAAAUCAUGCGCGGAAGCGCUUGGAUCGCGCACACAAGAUGCACUGAAAAUUCAAGACGAACACUGCCACGAAUGCGACCUCCUUUCCGAGUCUUGGGUUCGCGCAACAAACUUCGACGCCGCGGCCAGCAAUACGAUGGCGCCAGAAUCAGGGGCCACAGAGUCGAGGCAACCCAAGGACAUAUUGCUGCUGUUUGAUAUUGAGGACGCUCUCGACCGACUUUUUCACAGGUAUGGCGGCGUGCGCGACUUCAUUGCUCGCUGCGAAGCCAGAGGCGCCGCCCAAGGGAGACAGCUCUGGGAGCUCCGCAAGCCGGAUUACCUGGACUUUUUGGGCGUGAGUGAGGAGACGGCCUUUACGGCCUUUGCAUGGGAAAUACUGGGGUUAGAUGUGGAUGACGAGAUGGCUGUUGAACAGGAUGUCGACGACAACAACACGACUAGUUCAAUCGCGCCCGUAUCGACGCCUGCCAUGACAUGUCCAGCCCCUGAGGAGGAUAUAGGGUGCGAUGAGGAGAUGAAAUGUGACGAGAACCCUGCUGGAAACGCGCCGAUUGAUCCGGUCGAUCAAGCAGUGGAAGCGCCCGGAUCGGCAGGUUUUUCUCUUGACACAGCUCUAGAAGAUGAGAACGACGCCCGAGACACGACGGCUGGUCCAGAUCCCCACAUGGCCAUGGUAGUCGCUGAGGCAAUUGCUCGUAUUGAGAAACCCAUGGCCCAGCCUGAUGUUGAUGACGACGAUGGUCUGCGCCAUCCAACUCCUUGCGCGAAUAAGCAGUCGGCUGAUACACGACCCCCAGUUUCACAGCCGACGGGUGCAUUGAGUCCCUCGCGUGGGCUUUUCACCAUUGUCGAAGAGCCCGAGGACGGCGGUCAUGUGAUGUUUACUAUCGAAGAUCCUCGCGCUGCGAACUAUAAUCACUCCGAAUCGAAAAAGCCGAAUGAAGGAUACCGUAACGCACCCUUGGAGGGACCUGAAGCCGUUCCGGAUGGCAGUGGCUCCAUGCCGACUAGGAACGUGGACAAUUCCGAGAGUGCCUCCACGGACUCGAAUGAUACGGUCGACGAGGAACAAGAGAAAGAAAUCAGGAAUGCAAACCACAUCUGCGAUGAGCUGAACUGCUCGGCGAAAGGCUGCGCUAGCUGCACCUCAAAGAGCGAGAAGGGCAAGUCAGCGAGUAAAUCGCCAAAUGGAACAGGACGUUAUCCCAACCUCCAACCCUCGAAUGGUGAAAGCGGUGGAUCAUCGAGUCAACCGCCAAAUGGCAUUGGACGGUGUUCCAACCACUUCCAUCUAUCGAAUGGCCACAACAGUGAAUCGUCGACUCGGGGGCCUAUCGAUAACCCCCAAGCCGCGAACUCGACACGGGCUGCUCGACGCGAGCUACUGGGCCCCGUAUUCAGUGGCAUCGAGCGGCGGACAGUCUCGUCCAUCCAACUCGAAUCCUCAGAACCUGAGAUCGCCCCAGUGCGACAAGAAGUCAGCACGCACGACGUGAGUGUGGGAGCGGAGGUCGUACAGACCAUCGACAGUGAAGACGACUUCGAUGCCGAGGCUGACGACAUGGAGUGGUUAUCCUUUGCCUGUUUUAUCGGAAUAAGGGUACAGGAACGAGUGGAGCGAUUUAGGCAAAAAUACUUGUGUAUGACCAUAAAGAGUCGCGGGCUGGGAGACGUUGAUAAUACCCCGAGGACGUGGUGGAAUGGACUGUGGGACCCGCGGCCGAGUUUGCUGGGGAAUGGGACGCAGGCGGUGAUUAUCAUGCCGAGUGGGGAGGCGGAAAACGGAGAAGCAAAGAAGUUAAGUUCCUUUGGGAAGUGUAAUCACGUCCACAGCGUGGAUAGCUAUGAAAUCCAGAAGGGCGAUAAACGGCGCUAGGUGUAUAAGGCUUAUAUACUGAAGAAGAACCCUAAACUGAGUAGCCAUCUGUAACGAAACCUCUAAUAGUCUAGCUGCGUAAACCACUAAAGAGUCUGUAAGGGUUUGUGCUAGUAAGUAAGUCCUGCUGCGGAGUCCUGAAGCAAUAAUAUCGGGGUUUGACGUAUGGAGUAGAGUGCUUUGGGUAACUGAAGUAUUCAAGUAGGGUAAUCGGGAAUAGAGUCGUUAAGGCAGUUUGCCUCACCAAUGGGUUAGAUUGAUGCUUAGAUUGAUCACUGAAGUAGAGACUGUCUAUCUAUGA